GUUGCUCCACUUACGGUGGUUCAGCAAGCCAGAGGCUCCACAGCAACAGGUGGUGAUGGGGAAGCGCCAGAGGGUUGGCCCUGCCAUGCUGAGGCGGGUCCGAGGCUUGCUGAGCUGCUAUUCUUGGGGUUCAGGCCUUCCAGCCUCACAGACUCAGCUCCGCCCACAGAGUUCAAUGGCUGUGGCAGCGCCAAGGCACCCGACUGAGGAUAUAAAGUUUGAGGACGUGGCCAUCGCCUUCUCCCAGGAGGAGUGGGGACUCCUUGAUGAGGCUCAGAGACUUCUGUACCACGACAUGAUGCUGGAGAACUUUGCACUUGUAGCAUCUGUUGGUUGUUGGCAUAAAACUAAAGAUGCGGAGACCUCUUCCGAGCAGAGUGUAUCUAUAGCAGCAGAGUCACAGGUCAAGGCUUCUAAGACAGCUCUACCAACCCAGAAGACCAUUUUGCAAACCCUCAUCAGGAGCAGAGGGAUGCCAGUGGAGAGAAGCCCUGGAAAGAAGCUGUGGACAGGGCCUCGUUGGUGA